CUGUCAAACGGUGAAAAUUUUCGCUCUCGCAGCUUCAGCCCCGUUCUGUGCUCCGUUUUCGGACGGCAAAAAUCAUGUGAAAAGUGCCCGAAACGGACCGAAACUAGCACGAAAUGGCCACCCAGAAGCCCGGCGAGUGGGCCAACUCGCUUUUGGCCCGGUUCGAGGAACAGCUGCCAUACCGCACCGGUCCUCAUGGAACGCAAGCUCGUCUCAGUAUCGACCAGACGAUGACCUGUUUAAUUCAGAUCUCCCGGUACCGGUUCUCGCUGGUCAUUUCCGGCCUAACCAAGAUGCUCCAGCGGGUCAACGAGAUUUUUAUUAUUUUGCAGUUUCAGCCGCCGGCCUGCCGCGGUCACGAGCCCGAACGCUGCUGCUACGAUUCGCUGAUAGUAAUUCUGGAGACGCUCGAGCGAUGCCUGUCCGGACAGUCCAAGGAUACGGCACGGUUCGAGGAAGCCAUGAACGUGAAGCUGCUACUGAGAGAAAUAUGUCAGUUUAUAGAUAUUCAAAACGAAAACAAUCAGAACGCAGCCUCACUGAAAGCGUUAGCUUCCAAAGUCCUGUACGCUCUAUCUCAGAAUCAUUUCGGAGCUGUUUUCAAUCGCAUUUCGGCACGACUGCAGGAACUCAGCACCUGCUCGGAGGAAAACCCAGAUUACAGCGACAUCGAGCUCAUACAACAUAUCGAUUUGGACGUGAAUCGCCUGACUAAGCUGUUGGCAGAAACCAUACAAAAGUUCAAAUCGUUGAAAAAGUCAGCCCACUUUAUACUGCUGAAUUCCCUGGAAAAGGCCCUCUGGAAUUGGAUAGAGUUCCACCCAAAAGAGUUUGAAGACUUGCAGCGCAGCCCGAAUGACGAGCUAUCAAAGUGCUGCGAGACAUUUUUCGAUAUUUUGGAUUCGUACGCAGAAAACAAAAAGGCCAGAACACUGUUGUGGCCACUGCAAAUAAUGUUGCUGGUGCUAAGUCCCAAGGUGCUGGAAGAAAUCGUAAACGCAGACUCUGGAGCUCCUUGCUCGCCGAGGCACGUGAAGAAAAAACAUUUCAUGGAAGGCAUCAAAAAGGGCCUAGGAGCACACGCAUCUUCGAAACAGUCCACCGAAUCAGCAGCUAUCGCGUGUGUCAAGCUAUGCAAGGCAUCAACGUACAUCAACAUCAACGACUCCAACAACGUAACGUUUCAACUGGUGCAGAGCGUCAUCAAUGAUCUGAAGGCACUGCUGUUCAACCCAGCCAAACCAUUCUCCCGAUCGCAGAUUUACAACACCCAGGAUACCGACCUUAUGAUCGACUGUUGGGUGUCCUGCUUUCGGAUCAAACCGCACAACAACGAAGCACUUAAGGUCUGUCUCAGUCUUAACUCACCGCCAGCAUAUCAUUACGUCAUUGUCAGCUCGCUGCUGAAGAUCGUGACCCAUGCUCGGUUGCCUUGGUGGCCUAAGAUUGAUCUGGUGUACGCCAGAUCGGCAGAACUACGCGCCCUCUUCACGGACACUCUGAACAAAGCCACCCAAGGCUACAUAGCGCACACUCCACUCAGGAUGAUCACAUCGCUUACGCUCAAGUCAAAAGACGCUCAGAGUAGACUGACACGACCCGACGAAGGUCCGGCCCACAAAGCGCUACUUCUGCUGAUGGUAAGACUGAUUCAUGCCGAUCCAAUGCUAUUGCUGAACAGUCUCGGCAAAGCCGGCCACGAAGUGCAGAGUUCAACGCUGGAGUUGAUCAACGGGUUAGUCUCACUGGUUCAUCAACCCACCAUGCCCGACGUUGCACAAGAAGCUAUGGAAGCAUUACUAGCCCUUCAUUCGCCUGACAAAAUUGAGGUUUGGAAUCCUGAAGCACCAAUCAACACGUUCUGGGACGUCAGCUCACAAGUUUUGUUCUCAAUAUCCCAGAAACUAAUUCAGCAUCAAAUUGCCAACUACACCGACGUACUGAAAUGGUUGCGAGAAAUAUUGAUCUGCCGGAAUACCUUCCUCCAGAGACACAAGGAUUACGCCACCGUAGGAUGUCACAUCGCGAUCUGCCGGCAGGCACACAUCAAGCUAGAAGUUGUAUUCUUCAUGUAUUUAUGGUCUGUGGAUUUGGACGCGGUUAUGGUUUCGCUGUCUUGCUUCGGAUUGCUAUGCGAAGAGGCUGAAAUUCGCUCGGGUUCGGACGAGCUCAGUGUGGGACUCAUUUUGCCAAACUAUCAUCUCUACCAGGAACUGUCACACGUGUCCAGCACGCUGACAACGCAAAACACCGAAUCGCGAUACAACUUUUACGAGCACACACAAGGACGAGCGGCUCUGCAAAAAAACAUCAUGUCGCUGUUGAGGAAAAUCGAGCAUUGUGUGAACGGCGUGCAGCCCGCAUGGGAAGAAACGUUCCGAAACUGGGAGGUCACCUCAAAACUGUUGCAGAACUAUCCCAAGGGAAAGCUGGAAGAUGGACAAGCGGAGGUCCUUCAUAGAAGCAUGGGUAAGCGAAGAGCUAGUCACCAAAGUACGGAGCACGAUCUCGAAGAGCAGAUCACCGAAUGGGCAAACAUGACAUGGUUCCUGUUGGCGCUUGGUGGCGUUUGCUUGCAGAAACCUCGUAACCAACGAACGACCCACACCCAGGCGCUACCCAUCGGUGCUAGUGGCCCUUCGUUGAUGCAGUCUACCACGUCACUGUCCAGUUCCAGCUCUGGUCGUGGCUCGAUGCAUCCGAUUAUGGGCUCGCUGGUGUCAUCAAUGGGAGGCGGUAGUCAAGAUGUUCAGUAUUGUCCCGUUACGCAGUUCAUCGGCCAGUUGCUGCGUCUGCUGGUUUGCAACAACGAAAAGUUUGGGCCCCAAAUUCAAAAGCACGUGAAAGAGCUUGUCGGACAGGAAAUGUCAGCCCAACUUUAUCCAAUACUGUUUGAUCAGAUUCGAGCAAUCGUGGAAAAGUUCUUCGACCAGCAAGGCCAGGUCGUGGUUACCGACAUCAACACGCAGUUUAUCGAGCAUACCAUUUACAUCAUGAAAUCGGUGUUGGAUGGACGGCAAAGCAAGGAUCAGAACGAUCAACCGUCCAACUCGGAACAUCUGGGCGUAACUAGCAUCGAGAAUCUUAUGUUGGCCAUUGUACGUUACGUUCGCCACCUUGAUAUGACAGUGCAUGCAAUCCACAUCAAAACAAAGCUGUGCCAAUUGGUGGAGGUGAUGAUGAAACGUCGAGACGAUCUCGCUUUUCGACAGGAGAUGAAGUUCCGCAACAAGCUGGUUGAAUACCUUACCGAUUGGGUCAUGGGAACGUCCCAUCAGAUCGCGCCGCCGAGUUCCGGAGACGUUACAAUCAUCACUCGUGAUUUGGACCAGGCCUGUAUGGAAGCGGUUGCUGCCCUUCUUCGUGGGCUACCGCUCCAACCGGAAGAAUCGGAUCGUGGCGAUCUGAUGGAUGCAAAGAGUGCAUUGUUCCUAAAGUAUUUCACUCUCUUUAUGAAUCUCCUGAAUGACUGCGUAGAUGGAUCUGAAGCAGACAAGGAUGCCAACAAUCCGCCGCUGUUACCUCCAAGACCUCGUGUAGCAGCCGGGAAGUUGACAGCACUACGGAACGCUACAAUUCAGGCAAUGUCCAAUCUACUUAGCGCAAACAUUGAUUCCGGCCUAAUGCACUCGAUUGAUUUGGGCUAUAAUCCCGAUUUACAAACCAGAGCAGCUUUUAUGGAAGUGCUUACACAAAUCCUGCAACAAGGAACCGAGUUUGACACACUAGCAGAAUCCGUGAUGGCCGAUCGAUUUGAACAGCUGGUUCAGCUUGUGACAAUGAUAAGUGACAAGGGUGAAUUACCUAUCGCGAUGGCUUUGGCAUCGGUGGUCACAACUUCUCAAAUGGAUGAGCUUGCGCGCGUUUUGGUAACCCUGUUUGAUGCCAAACACUUGCUGUCCCCUCUGCUGUGGAACAUGUUUUACCGUGAGGUGGAGGUUUCCGAUUGCAUGCAGACGCUGUUCCGUGGAAACUCUUUGGGAAGCAAAAUAAUGGCCUUCUGCUUCAAGAUCUACGGUGCAAGCUAUCUACAGGGACUGCUGGAACCGCUGAUUCGUCCACUGCUUGACGAUCCAGUCACAAGCUUCGAGGUAGAUCCUGCUCGCUUGGAGGCCACAGAGGACAUCGAAGUGAACAGAAAGAAUCUGAUUGCCCUUACGCAGAAAGUGUUUGACGCCAUUGUCAACUCCGCGGACCGGUUUCCGCCACAACUUCGCUCAAUGUGUCACUGCUUGUACCAGGUGCUGAGCAAACGAUUCCCGAAUUUACUACAGAACAACAUUGGAGCGGUAGGAACGGUUAUCUUUCUACGAUUCAUCAAUCCAGCGAUCGUGUCCCCACAAGAGUUGGGCAUCGUUGGAAAGCAAGUCCCCACUCAAAUCAAGCGUGGUCUCAUGCUAAUGUCCAAAAUUCUGCAAAACAUUGCGAACCACGUGGAAUUCUCCAAAGAGCAGCACAUGCUCUGUUUCAACGACUUCCUGCGAUCGCACUUCGAGGGCGGUCGGAGAUUCUUCAUUCAAAUCGCUUCCGAUUGUGAAACUGUUGAUCAAACGUCGCACAGUAUGAGCUUCAUAUCGGAUGCGAACGUGCUGGCACUGCAUCGCUUGUUGUGGUCUCACCAGGAACGCAUCGGAGACUAUCUGUCGAGCAGUCGAGAUCACAAAGCCGUCGGAAGACGUCCGUUUGAUAAGAUGGCAACGCUGUUGGCGUAUCUUGGGCCGCCGGAGCACAAACCUGUGGAUUCGCACCUGUUGUUUUCAAGCUAUGCGCGCUGGAGUUCGAUCGAUAUGUCGUCGACAAACUUUGAGGAGAUAAUGGUCAAGCAUCAGAUGCACGAGAAGGAGGAGUUCAAGACGCUCAAGUCGAUGAACAUUUUCUAUCAGGCUGGCACGAGCAAAGCGGGUAAUCCGGUGUUUUACUACAUUGCUCGACGGUACAAGAUCGGAGAGACGAAUGGAGACUUGCUGAUUUACCACGUGAUACUGUCGCUGAAACCGUUCUGCCACUCGCCGUUUGAAGUUGUGAUCGACUUUACGCACACCUGUUCGGAUAACCGCUUCCGGACGGAGUUCCUUCAAAAGUGGUUCUACGUUCUUCCGGAGGUUGCGUAUGAGAAUCUGCACGCAGUUUACAUUUACAAUUGCAAUUCAUGGGUUCGAGAGUAUACCAAGUUUCACGAUCGCAUACUGGUACCGCUGAAAGGUUGUCGUAAGCUGAUCUUCCUAGAUUCGCCAGCUAAACUUAACGAUGUCAUCGAUCCCGAACAGCAAAAACUUCCCGGUGCGACACUUUCGCUGGACGAAGAUUUGAAGGUGUUCAACAACGCACUCAAACUGAGUCACAAAGACACCAAGGUUGCUAUUAAGGUUGGACCAACGGCACUGCAGAUUACAUCCGCUGAGAAGACAAAAGUGCUAGCACAUUCGGUGCUGCUGAACGAUGUGUACUAUGCGUCUGAAAUUGAAGAAGUUUGUCUGGUAGACGAUAACCAGUUUACGUUGUCCAUUGCCAACGAGAGUUCCCAGCUGAGUUUCAUACACAACGACUGCGACAACAUCGUCCAAGCAAUAAUCCACAUCCGCAACCGGUGGGAGCUGAGUCAACCGGACUCGGUGACGGUUCAUCAGAAGAUACGUCCGAAGGAUGUUCCUGGUACGCUACUGAACAUGGCGCUGCUGAAUUUGGGUUCGUCCGAUCCCAACCUGAGAACGGCUGCCUACAAUCAGCUGUGCGCGUUGACGGCGACGUUCGAUCUCAAAAUCGAGGGCCAACUGCUGGAAACGCAGGGAUUGUGCAUUCCGUCGAACAACACCAUCUUCAUCAAGUCGGUUAGCGAGACGCUUGCCACGAACGAGCCACAUUUGACGCUCGAGUUCCUGGAAGAGUGUAUUCAAGGCUUUCAACGGAGUACGAUUGAGCUGAAGCAUUUGUGUUUGGAGUACAUGACACCGUGGUUGGCUAAUUUGGUGCGGUUUUGUAAACCAUCCGACGAAGGUAAACGCCAGAAGCAGGUUGCGCUGAUUUUGGAGAAGCUGAUCAAUCUCACCAUUGACCAGAAGGAGAUGUACCCCUCGAUACAGGCGAAGAUCUGGGGGUCGAUUGGUCAAAUCCCCGAGCUGAUUGAUAUGGUUCUGGAUAAUUUUAUUCAUAAAUCGGUGAGCUCCGGGUUGGGAUCGCCACAGGUGGAGAUCAUGGCUGAUACAGCGGUGGCGUUGGCUUCCGCAAAUGUACAACUAGUGGCGAAGAAGGUGAUUGGGCGACUGUGUCGAGUUAUGGACAAAACGUGUCAUUCACCAACGCAGUAUCUCGAGCAGCACAUGAUGUGGGACGACAUCGCGAUUCUGGCCCGCUACUUGCUCAUGUUGUCGUUCAACAACUGCUUGGACGUCGCCCGUCAUCUGCCGUACCUGUUUCAUUCGGUAACGUUCCUGGUGUGCAGCGGAUCUCUGUCGAUGCGCGCCUCAACCCACGGUCUAGUCAUCAACAUCAUACACUCACUGUGUACGUGUACAAAGCCCUCCUUUUCGGAGGAAACCCAGCGCGUCCUUCGCCUGUCGUUGGACGAGUUCUCGUUGCCAAAGUUCUAUCUGCUGUUCGGUAUCAGCAAGGUCAAAUCCGCAGCCGUGACUGCGUUCCGUUCGUCGUGUCGUCAUCCGAACGAUCGCUGGCUGGGAAAUGAACGAGUCUCGCAGGCUCCUCCCGCCGAUCGUGAACGGCUAGCGCUACCCUCGCUGGAGGUCAUCACCGAUGCGCUGCUGGAAAUCAUGGAGGCCUGCAUGCGAGACAUCCCCGAGUGCGACUGGUUGCAGACGUGGACAUCGCUGGCGAAGAGCUUCGCCUUCUGCUACAAUCCUGCGCUGCAACCGAGGGCGUUGAUCGUUUUCGGGUGCAUCUCCAAGAGUAUUACCGACCAGGACGUCAAACAAUUGCUGCGGAUCUUGGUGAAGGCCCUGGAGUCCUUCAACGAUAUAAUUCUGCUGGAGGCUCUAGUCAUGUGUCUAACACGCCUGCAACCGCUGCUCCGUCCAGAGUCCCCGAUCCACAAGGCCCUGUUCUGGAUAGCGAUCAGCGUGCUCCAGCUGGACGAAUCAACGCUGUACGCGGCCGGGCUGGCGCUGCUCGAGCAGAACCUCCACACGCUCAACUCGCAGCAACUGUUCGACAAGCAGAACAUCGCCGACGUCAUGAUGGCAACGCGGGAACCCCUCGAGUGGCACUUCAAACAGCUCGACCACGCCGUCGGCCUCUCGUUCAAGUCCAACUUCCACUUUGCGCUGGUGGGCCACCUGCUGAAGGGGUUCCGCCACCCGACGCCGACGACCGUGUCGCGCACGUCGCGCAUCCUCACCAUGCUGCUGGGCAUCAUCGCCAAGCCCCAGCGCCGGGACAAGUUCGAGGUGACGCCGGAGAGUGUGGCGUACCUGACGGCACUCGUCUGUCUCUCGGAGGAGGUACGAUCGCGGUGUCACGUGAAGCACACGCUACCGCGGGUGGACGUGGCCGGCGGAGAUCCGACGGCAGCGGGUGCAGCCACAGGUGGAGCGCAGCCCGGAAGCGCUGGCGGAAACGGUGGGAACGUUAGGCGUCAAAAAUCGUGGGACAUGUUGGACCAGUCGGCGAUUCAGUACGCGCGGCAGUCGCACAAGGUGCAGCAGCAUCAGGACCCAGCUAUCAAAGGAAAAUCCUGGCGAAGUCUUGACUUAACCCAUAAUCCGAAUCUGGGAAUGAUCAGUCAUUCCUCGUUUGUGUCACAUGCUUGUACUAAUACCAACACGACUACAGUCACACCUUCUGCGUAUAGUAACAAUACCAACACCAACAUCCCGAAUAAUAGUAACAGCAACAACAGUAACAACACGAAUGUAAACAGUAUCAAUACGGGUGGUCCGGUCGCUGGUGGUGGUGCCUACCAUCGGAGUGACUUCCGCAACCGGCGUUCUUCGUCAGAACCGGUUAACAAUCAGAUGGUUCUGAACAAUCCCAACAUUGCCAAGUUGCUGGCCCUCAAACAGGCCCACAUUUACUCCGGUACCAGUGCUUCUUCUGCUCCUCCUUCUGCUAUUUGUACCUCUACAACAACAUCAACAAUUACAACAAACUUACUCACCACAUACUGUACAACAACCACCACCACCACGAAUACCAGUACGCUGACGAUCAGUACUGCCCACAGUAGUGCUACUAACAGCACUAGCCCGGCCCAAUCUAUCGAAGAUGUUGAGAACGACGAUGACGCGAAUAACUUUAUCGUCGACUGCUUGCAAGACAUUUCAUCGAUCAAAUGUUCAAAAACGGGCCGCCUACUGUUCAAGACGCAGCGCUCGUUCUCCGUGCCGACGCCGAAGCAAGGCCAGGGCAAGUCCGCUGGAAUAAGUGAUCGGCAGAAGGAACGCGGCUCCCGCUCGUCCGUGUCCAACGAGUCGAACGUGCUGCUCGAUCCGGAGGUGCUGCCGGAUUCGUCCACGCAAGCACUGGUGCUGACGGUGCUGGCAACGCUGGUCAAGUACACCACCGACGAGACGGAAACGCGCGUGCUGUACCAGUACCUGGCCGAGGGUUCCGUUGUGUUCCCGAAGGUGUUUCCGGUGAUCCACUCGCUGCUCGACCAGAAGGUAAACAACGUGCUGUCGGUGUCCAACGAUCAGAUCGUGCUCGCUUCGGUGCAAAGCAUCAUCCAGAACAUGCUGGCCAGCGAGGACGCCUCGCAGCAGCCGCUUCACUUCCUGCAGAGCUGCGGUUUCGGCGGACUGUGGCGAUUCGCUGGACCGUUCACCAAGUACAACAUGAUGGUCGAAUCCUCCGAACUUUUUGUCAACUGUCUGGAGGCGAUGGUCGAGACGUGUCUGCCGGUGGAGGAAACCGCUCCGAUGCCGCCGUCACCGCGGCCCUACAACCUGAGCUCGAGCCUGAGCAGCCUGACGCUGGGAUCGCCGACGGACAAAGCCUUCUCGUCAGAAUCCCUAGAUCACGACGGCUUUAGCGGUAGCGUAAGUUCACUGCGCAGAGCUUCCUGCAGCAAAGCACGUAGUACAAAGCAUCGAUUCGUUGAUAGCCCAACACACAAUAUUUAAAUGAAAGCAAAACUAUGAUAAACAAAACAACAACAAAAAUGGUAACAACAAUACACAACAAAACAACAAUGAGCACAACAUGAAUGUAUACACACAUUUGAUAACAAUUAACCAACACACGCAUUACUGAGUACGAUAAGGCUAAACACAGCACCAAAGAAUAGAAGUCACACAAAUGUAGUUGUUGUAAAAAUAUUUUAAACUCUCUCGUAUGGUGUUAUCCGUAUCAGUAUCAGGAGAAAUUUGUGCUAUCGCCAUUUUAAAUUUAUAAAUCAUUAAAAAGUGUUGUAGUCUUUAUCAACAGGUUACGCCAUUUGUAAAUUUAUAUUUCAUUAAGUUUAUGUAAUUGAAAAAAAGGAUUUCAAAAAUAAAAAUAAUUCAAUUUUUAAAGCUUUACUACACAUUAAAAAUUGUUUAUAGAGAUUUUUUUGCUUAGAAAAAAAAAAUUGGUGCCAAGUUAGCAUUUUGUGUUCCUUAAACACACUGGAAAUCUCAAUUUACAGAACCAAACACUACUCUAGAGUGUAAUUGUAUUACACUUGGAUGGCAGCUAUAUCACUUGUUGACGAUCGAAGACUUUACUACUAUUAUACAAGUAUAAAAAUCAAAAAGUUGUUUUCACCUAUACAAUUGUUUUGUCUGAAUCAACUAUUGUGUACAGUGUUUAUGUAAAACUACACGCUAGAGAGAGAUAGUGAAAAAAAAACACUAAAGUCAUUGUAGUGCAAUAAGAAAUGUUCAGCUUGAGCUUUCUAUUAGGGGGAACCGGUAAGGAGGGGCAAACUCAAAUUUAUAGUCAACUUUUCCCUGCUGGGCCGCCCCCUUUUGAAAGUGCAAGAAAAACGAUGGAAAGGCCUCGUCUUGGUAGAAAAUAAAUAUUUUUUAUGUCAAACA